UUUUUUCUUGUCCAUCCAUUUUUCAACCCAUCCAUCCAUCCAUGCAUCUAUUCACAUUAACUCGUCCAUCCAUCCAUGCAUCCAUCCGUUUAUAUCUCCCAUCUACUAUUCAUAAGACAUGUCUUUUGAGGAAACGUGCUUUGUAUCUCAAAGCGACGCGUCACUGUUUGCAUAAAACUCGAUAGGUUAAGUGCAACACGUUGUUGCUCGCUCAUACUCUGCAACGCUUAUCCUAUCCUGCUCCUCCAGAGAGUGCUGGCUUCUUUUUUUAUGAUGCCGGUGCUCUUAUGUCUAAACUGACGCCUGGCCUAGUGAGUAUUGAUUAGGAUAAACACAUGCUAUAUAGAAAGAAGGCAAGUUAUCUUUCUUUUGUUUUCUAGUCUAGUUGGGCAGUAGUACUAUAUGUUUGCAGGACAUGAUAUGAUGAUCUUACUAUAUAUCCUUAACUACAUUGCCUGACUUUUACUGUGAUUAAAUCUACAUGACUCUGAUGGAUUGUCCUCUUGCAUAUUUUACUGCUGGUCUUGUCUUGGUUUUUUCAACGCCACAUUUACUAACUGGAACAAUUUUUAUUAUACAGGUUGAUGCUAUAUCAGUUAUAACAAGUAUAGAUCCACUUUUAUAUAUAAACUUCUUAAAAAUAAUAAAUGGAAUGGGCAUUAAUAUGCUUUAUAACCUCUUAAAAAUGCGCGACAAAUAUAAGUGUUGGUUUGUGCUAUCUGUUGGUGUGGGAGAGAUGCCGCAUGUAUGAGUGACGUGAGAAUGUCCAAUCCAAAUCCCAACGGAAUUCAGCUUGUACCACCAUUCCAUUUUAAGAAAAAAGAGUCGACACUUUUACUAUAUUCGACUCGUAACUUAUUUUUUCCUU